AUUAACGGGCAGUCUAAGUGUGAAGGGGAGGGGGCUCGCGAUCCCAAGCGAGAAGAGAUCUCGGGGUCUCAUACUGCGCCAUUCGACUGCGGCACGCUUAGGUCGGCCGUGGCUGCUGCCUGGAGAGGCCUUGCCGCCGCCACUCUCGUCCAGGCCGCCAGUGCCUCUGCCGUCUCGCCUCCGCCGCCGCCGCCGCCGGAGCCUCGGUCCCAGCCCCAUCCCGCCGUGCGCUGCUGCUGCUGCCUUCCCCGCGGCCGCCGCCGCUGCCGCAAGCAUCCGUGAGUCAUUUUCUGCCCAUCUCUGGGCGCGCGCUCUCUGCGGUAGUCACCACUUAAGAGGUUUACAGGCUUUCCAUAUGGCUGAAGCGGAUCUUAAAAUGGUCUUGGAACCUGUCGCCGAGGGGGUUGCUGAAGAGGAGAUGGCUAGCUCGGCUAGUGAUUCUGGGGCAGAAUCUGAGAGCAGUUCUAGCAGCAGGUGCAGCAGCAACAGCAGCAGCAGCAGCAACAGCAGCAGUUGCAGCAGCCGCAGCCGCUUAUAUAAAAAGAGGAGGUUUCCCGAGCCUUCCAGAGGGGUUCAGCGGGCUCCACUGCGUAGAAAUUUCGUGGAUAGGCUACCUCAGGCAGUUAGAAAUCGUGUGCAGGCACUCAGAAAUAUUCAAGAUGAAUGUGACAAGGUAGAUGCCCUGUUCUUAAAGGCAAUUCAUGAUCUUGAAAGAAAAUAUGCUGAACUCAAUAAGCCUCUAUAUGAUAAGCGAUUUCAGAUCAUCAAUGCAGAAUAUGAGCCUACAGAGGAAGAAUGUGAAUGGAAUUCCGAGGACGAGGAGUUCAGCAGUGAUGAGGAGGUGCGGGAUGACAGCCCUAGUGAAAUGCCUCCUUUAGAGGGUGAGGAAGAUAACCCCAAAGAAACAACUGAGGUAAAAGCUGAAGAGAAGGAAGCUCUUAAAGAAGUUCCUGGGGUAAAGGCUGCAGAAGAGGAAGUUCUUGAAGAAUUUCCUGAGGUAGAGACUGAAGAAAAGGAUGUUCUCCAAGAAAUCCCUGAGGCAAAGGCCCAAGGAGAGGAAAAAGCAGAUUCUAAAGCUUGUAUGCAGACACUGCCUGAAGUAAAGGAAGACUCUAAAGCAGUCCCCCAGGUAAAGGCAGAAAAUGCUGAACAGCCCAAAGCAGCAAAAUCGAAGGCAAGGGCUCCUGCGAGAGAGACUCAUAAAAGACUUCCUGAGACAAGGCCUAAAGAAAGAGUGAAUCUUAAAAGAGCUAGGAAGGGAAAGCCUAAAAGAGAAGAUCCUAAAGGCAUUCCUGAUUAUUGGCUGAAUGUUUUAAAGAAUGUUGACAGGCUGGGGCCUAUGAUUCAGAAAUAUGACGAGCCCAUUCUGAAGUUCUUGUCUGAUGUUAGCCUGAAGUUCUCAAAACCUGGCCAGCCUAUAAGCUACACUUUUGAAUUUCAUUUUCUACCAAAUCCAUAUUUUAGAAAUGAGCUGCUCAUGAAAACAUACAUAAUAAAGUCAAAACCAGAUCACAACGAUCCCUUCUUCUCUUGGGGAUGGGAAAUUGAAGACUGCAAAGGCUGCAAGAUAGACUGGAGAAGAGGAAAGGACGUUACCGUGACAACCACCCACAGCCGCACAACUGCUACUGGAGAAACUGAAAUCUUACCAAGAGUGGUUCCUAAUGCAUCAUUCUUCAAUUUCUUUAGCCCUCCUGAGAUCCCUAAUAUCGGGAAGCUGGAACCACGGGAAGAUGCCAUCCUUGAUGAGGACUUCGAAAUUGGUCAAAUUUUACAUGAUAAUGUUAUCCUGAAAUCAAUCUACUACUAUACUGGAGAAGUCAAUGGUACCUACUAUCAUGAUGGCAGAGAUUAUGGAAACAGGAAGUAUCGAAAAUAAAAAGGCUGGCUGAAAGAUUUUUUUCAAGAAUCGCAAAAGUUCAAGCAGAAGUGAAGCAGGUUAAUAUCAUUUAGAAAAAAAAAAAAAAAAACCUGACCUAUAACUUGAGCACUAUUGUCCCUUACAGUAUUGUG